UUCUGAAGUUCAGGCGGGAAAAAGAAAAACCCUUCUGCAAAGCUAGGUUACACGUCAGCCACUCACGCGCCGCCGUGCUGCGGCGGUUGAAACCCACUUCUAGACUGAAGCGCCACCUAACAACCUGAAAUACCUAUUUCCAUCAAUACGAUUGACCCAAAAACCAACAAUUGAAAUGAUUCACAAAUCGUUCAAGGACGCCAUUGCUCCCCUUAUACACAAAUCCAAAUCGCUGCAACAUCUCAAAGAAAUCCAUGGCCACCUUCUCAAGACCCACCUUCCUGAAAGUCCAUACGGUGUCGCACCUUUACUCGCCGUCGCUGCAACUUCCGGCGAUAAUGACGGUUCUUUCUUUUCUUACGCUUGUGCAAUUUUUAAGAACCUUCGGCAUAGGAAUACUUUCAUGUAUAAUUCGAUGAUCAGAGGGUAUGUUCUAUCGCGGGCUCCGAAACAAGCGAUUUUGUGUUACUUAGAUUUGAUUGAUCAAGGGCUUUUUGCUAAUAACUAUACUUUUCCGCCAUUGAUAAAAGCUUCCGCGUUAGUUUAUAGUGAAUUGAAGCGAGUAGGUUAUUUGGUUCAUGCCCAUGUUAUUGUUCUUGGAUAUGAGAAUGAUCCAUUUGUUGUGAGUACGCUUGUUGAAUUUUAUUCCUUAAUCGAUUUGAAAGUUGCACGCGUAUUGUUCGACAAAAGUUCUGUGAAGGAUGUGGUCGUGUGGACGGCGAUGGUUGAUGGGUAUGGGAAGGUGGGGGAUGUUGAGAGUGCUAGAGAACUGUUUGAUGAAAUGCCUGUGAGGAAUGUAAUUUCUUGGAGUGCCAUGAUAGCUGCUUAUUCUCGGGUUAGUGACUUCAGAGAGGUGCUUUGUUUGUUUAGACAAAUGCAAGAGAAGGAUAUUAAGCCUAAUGAAUCAAUUACUGUUAGUGUUCUUACUGCUUGUGCUCAUCUUGGUGCUAUAACACAAGGACUUUGGAUGCACUCUUAUGCCAAGCGCCACCGUUGGGAAUCGAACCUGAUAUUGGCUACUGCAUUGGUUGAUAUGUAUUCAAAAUGUGGUUACAUUGAAUCAGCAUUAGCAGUGUUUGAGGGCAUUUCAAAUAAAGAUGCAGGGGCAUGGAAUGCAAUGAUUUCUGGAGUUGCAAUGAAUGGGGAUGUGACGAAAUCGCUCGAGUUAUUUGAUAAAAUGAUUCUCAACGGAACUCAGGCUACAGAAACUACAUUUGUAGCUGUUCUUGCUGCUUGUACGCACGCCAAGAUGGUCGACACGGGCCUUAAAUUGUUUGACCAAAUGUAUACUGUUUAUGGGGUUCAACCUCAAUUCGAGCAUUAUGCUUGUGUGGUUGAUCUUAUGGCUAGAGCAGGUAUGGUAGAGGAUGCUGAGGAAUUUAUAGAGAAGAAAAUGGGAGGCUUUAGUAAUGUGGAUGCCAAUGUGUGGGGAGCAAUGCUGGGUGCUUGUAGAAAAUAUGGGAAUAUUGAAGUUGGGAACAGAAUUUGGAGAAAGCUUUUAGCUAUGGGUGUAACAGAUUGUGGUACGCAAGUCCUUUCAUACAACAUCUAUGCUGAAGCUGGAUGGGAAAUGGCGGCGAAGGAGGUAAGGAAAAAUUUAUCAGAAACCAGGUCGAAAAAAACGCCAGGUUGCAGCGUGUUGGAGGUCGAUGGUGCAGUUCAAGAGUUCCUUGCAGGCGAUCUCUCUCAUCCUCAAGUGCAAGAUAUAUGUGAAAUGCUUGGUUCUCUUUCUAGAAUGGUGAAGUGGGAGACCCUUGGUCAAGUAAUUUAGAAAUUGCUUCAAACAGGAGAUGAAAGUCUUUUAGAAGGUUCACAUAAUUGCAAGUCUGCCCUUUGUUGGGAAAAAGUUGUGCUUUAAGAUGGAGAACGCACAUUGUCAUGGCCAACGUAAGGUCAAGACAUUUAUUCCGAGGUCGGAGGUUCAAAUCCUCACUCCCAUAAUUGUUGUUCUAAAAAAACCAAGGUAUGACGAGAUAGGGAUGGAUAUUGGCAAGUUACAAGUUUUGCCGGUUAAUUUCGAUUUGCAGUUCAUUGUUAUAUACCAAGUAAAACGAUACAGAUUCUUGUGACUCAUGUCUUUCAUCUCUUUUUACCCGUAGAUCGCUUAUACUUGAAGGGUAUUCUCGUGUCAUCCAUUUGUAGAAGUCAUUGGGAGACUGUGAGAUCCCACAUCGGUUGGGGAGGAGAACGAAUCAUUCUUUAUAAGGGUGUGGAAACCUCUCCCUAGUAGACACGUUUUAAAAACCUUGAGGGGAAGUCCGAAAGGAAAAAGCCAAAGAGGACAAUAUCUGCUAGCGGUGGACUUGGGCUGUUACAGAGACCUUUAGCAAAUCAUCUUCACGGCAUUUCCAAACGAACACUUACUUGCGCUGAGUAAUUAGAGGUUCGCUACUCUGGACGAUUAGGAGGUUGCUAUCUGGUGCCUGCAAAAUCAAUAGAAGAAACCAUAGGUUGGUGGAGCCAAUCUUGCAGGGUGGCCCCAAUCUCCAGCUUGGAUUCGAGGAAGAAUGCAUCAAAUUAUGGAAAAGAGUUCUAAAUAUGCUGUCCUUUUGUUCUUGAUCUGAAACUUUUCUUACUGUCUGUGCUCGGUCAAUGGCAAGUCAUUAGAGACCGUUUUGGUUAAAUUACAAAUUUAGUCCAAGAAUUUUGAGGUCGGUAUUUAUUUGUUCUCUGAACCUUCAGAGGUGUUUGAUAGACCCUUGAACUUUAUUUUUUCUGAUUAAGUUACCCGAUCAAGAGACCCAAAGGUUGUAUUUAUUAUGUACACUUGUCUAGCUCAGUUUAACCUUGUGCUCAUGGAUCGAGCCCUAUUAUGGGUAAUUUUUUAUUUUUAUUCUUUAAAUUGUUGGCA